CUAUAUUAAAGGUAUGGAGAAGAGUAAUUAUAUCGAGUUAAUCGACGUCAAACUUACGAAAAUCAACAAAACACAUUUUGGCUUUUCUGGCACUUGUAUUAUAAAGCAUAAUAAUUUCACAAGAAAAAAUUUAUUGGUGUCAAUACACGCUGAUCAAAAAUAUGGCAAUGGAUAUCAUCCAACCUCUUUAUGCCAACUGGAAAAGAUGAAUUUAUGCAAUCUGUUUGACAAUGAUGUAAUGUUGUUUCCAGCUUUGAAGGCCCAUAUCAAACCGGAGUUAACAGUAUGUCCAAUUCCUGCGGGUACGUACAAAAUGACCAAUUAUAUUCCAGAUCCCAAUGCGUAUCCACCAUUUGUACCAGGAUAUCCAGGAAGAGAUAAUUGGAGGAUAGCUUUUACUUUCUAUGAUGGAGAUACAAUUAUUACGGGAAUAUAUGCAUUUGUUCAGUUUACUUAUAAGACUGAUAUACGGGACAUUUUAUCUUAAUAUUAUAAGAGUAGUAACACAUGAGCGCUGAUUUUAACGCAUUCAUCUCACGUUAAUAAGCGUUAAAUUUGAUGUUCGUGUUAACUGUUCUAUUUAAAACAAUGCAUUGAAAUACUUGUUAAAUUAAAUCAAACCAAAAACAUUGAAA